GGGCAUUAAAACUGCUAUGCUUACAGGAGAUUGUCAUGCAGCAGCUAAGCGUGCACAAGAUCAGGUGAUUCAUCAAGCCCUUAUUUUUUUACAGAUUCGUUGCCAUGUCUUUGUAUCAUCCCAAUCUUAAUUGGAUUGCAUCCAAUUGAUAUUUGUUGAUAAUUGUCAUGUCCACAAAUUCGAAAAUUUACCAAUAGAAAGGAUGAUAUGUAUUUGCAGAUAGGGGGUGCUUUAGACAUGGUACAUGCAGAACUUCUACCAGAAGACAAAGCAAGGAUUGUCAAGGAAUUUCAGAAGGAAGCACCUACAGCCAUGAUUGGUGAUGGCAUGAAUGACGCCCCUGCAUUGGCUACAGCUGAUAUUGGCAUCUCAAUGGGCAUCUCAGGCUCGGCACUUGCGAAGGAGACAGGGCAAGUCAGUCUAAUGUCAAAUGACAUUGGAAAGAUUCCAAAGGUUGUCCGACUUGCAAGAAGGACCCGCAGGAAAGUAAUCGAGAAUAUCAUUUUAUCAAUUGCUACCAAAGCUGCCAUAUUGGGAUUGGCCAUUGCAGGUCACCCACUAGUUUGGGCUGCAGUUCUUGCUGAUGUUGGGACUUGCUUGCUAGUGAUCUUUAACAGCAUGCAACUUCUACAAGGAACUCCAAGAUAUAACAGAAAAUAUUGGAAAUCACAUACUGCGAUACAAGCCGACAAACAUGGAUGCAGAACUACUGGUGGCUGCUCCUCCCUCACCCAUGAUCACCAAUCAUCUGGGAUUGAAACUCAAAAGAAGUGUAAUCCUCCAGAGUGUUGUUUUGUCCCUGUUAGCUUGAUGCCUUGUGCUAGUAAUUUGUGCUCAGAGUCAGAUGACAAGCAUGGUCAUUUACAUGAUAAUCACCUGCAUGAGGCAAAACACUGGGAUCAUGAAAAAUGUGACACGGAAACUGGGGAUCAUGAAAAAUGUGACAUGGAAACUCAGGACGAGGAAUCACACAGUGAACACAAUCAUGUUUGCUCUGCCCAUUCAAACUCUUGUAGGGAGGAUGAAUGCAUAAGCUCAGUUGAAAUUUGUGGUGGCUAUGAAGCAGGUGAUGAGAUCCAGGAAGCAAAAGACAGCAAGCAUCAGGACCCUAGCAAGAUCGAUCAUAUUCUGGGAUCACGGUGUGUUCACAACAGUUCUGCAAAACUAGGCCAAGAUAUGCCCGUAAAUAAUCACUGCCACAUGAACAGUUGUGCAGAAAACAACAUGGUCAAGAUUAGGUGCAGGAAGUCCCCGACAAAUGGCCAUCUUCAUUCUGAUUGCAAUCAGCUACAUAAAACCUUAUCAUCCGCUACUAGCCAUGUGGAAUGUACAUAUGUUAGGGCUUGCAAGAGUUUGAAGAAGAGACGGUUUGUAGCAUGUUGCAGGAGCAUUAGGCAGCAGUGCUGUGGCAGUAGUGGACAUUUUGGUUCUAGUUUCAGAGGAAGUUUACCUGAAAUCGUCAUUGCCUAG